AUGACAGGUGCACCAACCCAGCUGACUAUAAACAUGGCGGCAUCUAAAGACAGAGUGGGGAGUAACAGGUGUAAAAUACUAAUAAUCGGCGCAGGUAUGGCGGGAUUGUCAGCGGCACAUCAUUUAGUAAAAAAUGGCGUAACUGACUUCAAGAUACUGGAAGCUAGGAGAAGAUUCGGUGGCAGAAUUGUUUCUAUUCCAACCGACCAUCAUAGGGUGGAAUUAGGGGCCAAUUGGAUCCAUGGAGUACUUGGGAAUCCCAUGUACGAACUAGCCAUGACAAAUGGUCUCAUAGACAUAGUCCAUGUCCCUAAACCGCACAGAGUUGUAGCUGCUACAGAAGAUGGUAAACUUAUACCAUUCCAGUUACUACAGGAGAUUUAUGAGGCCUACGUAUGUUUUCUUCGACGUUGUGAGGAAUAUUUCCUGUGCCACUAUUUGCCUCCAGCUGGUGUUCACAGUGUAGGAGAACACAUUAAUCUAGAAGCUGCAUUGUACUUAGACCACUGUCAAAAUCCAGAAGAACGUCAGAUACGUCAGUUAAUAUUUGAUUGUUUGUUAAAACGCGAAACUUGUAUUACUGGUUGUCAUUCCAUGGAUGAAAUAGAUCUGUUAGAAUUGGGCAGCUACACUGAACUUCAAGGAGGAAACAUUGUGCUGCCUUCUGGUUACAGCAGCAUCCUGGAACCCAUAGCAAAAGUCAUACCACCCCAAAAUAUUGUUACAGGUAAACCUGUGGCAACAGUGAGAUGGAAUUGCAGUAACGAAAUGCAGUUAUCUAAUAUGACAAGCCCUGGAGGUGACUCGGGUAUUGACAUUCUUGCAAAUGGAGAUCCAGGAAAUGAUUCUGAUGACUCUGAUAGGACUGUCACUGGUGAUUUCCCAAAAUUUGUAGAACAUUCAAGCAGGGAAGGAAGCUGUGAAGCAGCAGAUAAAAAAAGUAGCACAAAAUCUCAGUGCAGUACUGAGAGUGGUGAAAGUUCUGGCACAGGUGUUCAACAGUCAACAGUGAAUUCUGCUUCAGGACAGUGUAGUCAACAGGAUGACAGUGAAAAUUCAGAUUCUUGUGUUUUACCUCCAAGUGUAGAAAUUGUGUGUGAUGAUGGUGACACUUAUUAUGCUGAUCAUGUUAUAUGCACAGUACCACUUGGAGUUUUGAAAGAAAGGGCAUCUACAAUGUUCUGCCCUCCAUUGCCUCAAUAUAAGACUGAAUCAAUCAACAGGCUUCUUUUUGGAACAGUUGACAAAAUAUUUCUGGAAUAUGAUCGCCCAUUUCUCAACCCAGACAUAUCAGAACUUAUGCUUCUUUGGAAAAGUGAUGCAGCAGAGAAUGGAAAUGAAGACUCAUCUGAUUUAAGUAAAUGCUGGUUUCGUAAAAUUUACUCAUUUUCCAAAGUAUCAGAGACACUUUUACUAGGAUGGAUAUCAGGUAAAGAAGCAGAGUAUAUGGAAACAUUAGCACACGAGGAAGUUGCAGAAAAGUGCACGGAGAUACUGAGAAAGUUUCUUAAUGAUCCAUUUGUUCCUAAACCAAAGCUCUGUGUAUGUACCAGUUGGCGCUCUCAGCCUUACACGAGAGGUUCCUACACUGCAAUGGCUGUCGGUGCUAGUCAGGUUGACAUUGAGAACAUAGCACGACCACUUUAUGCCAGCUCACAGGAAAGGAAGCCUGUACUUCUCUUUGCUGGAGAGCAUACACACAGCAGUUUCUAUUCAACGGUUCAUGGUGCAUACCUGACUGGUCGGAGUGCAGCCCAAGUGCUACUUGAUCCUGACUCUCCUGAACAAUUAAUAAUGCAGUGUGAAGGAACAAGUGAUUUAAGUUCCUGGAUUCAGGGUAUCUCUCUAGAUUGAUGUAUUGAGUGAAACUGAUAUACAGCCUGUAGAUUGAAUGUAUUAAGUGAAAUUGAUAUACGGCUAAGUAAGUAUUGUGUAAAUAUUUUUUUAUUUAUUAUUUGUGCGUUCAUUUCGACAGUGGAGCAGUUGCCAAAGCCAUUUUUUUGCCACAGUUUGAAGAGAUUUGAUUUUCUGAGAAUGUUUUGAGUCACAGGCCUGGGGAUAUCUGAUAUGAAUCCAGUCAAAACUAACUAAAAUGGGACCAUUGUAGUCUAAAAGGCUUUAAUUGAAAAGUCGCUGGUAUGUAAUGACUCAUCAGCACUUAGUGGGAAUUUAUUACUUAUUAAUAAAAAUAUUCUAGUGGUGUUAAAAAAAUUCUGCACUUUUUACAAUCUUUUUUGACACAAUUUAUAUCAUCUGAAAUUCAUUUUAUUUUAUGCAGUUACUAAGUGUGUAACUGCUGGUUAUUCUAGUUUGAGAACAUUUAAUUUUUAAUUAAACUUAUUAUUCUUUAGCCUGAGCAGCAGUACAUGACAGUGUGCAGAUACUUUCUUGUAUGCAGAAAAAUGACAGAUGGUGAAAUUACUGCAAAUCAUUUAACAUUUUAAAUGAAACUUAACCUUCAACUCUUCUCAUUAUAGUUGGUCUUGGUAAACCAAACAUUUUCAGUGAGUUAUGUUUUGUCUUGUCUUUUUACAAAGCUGAGAAAGAUGAUGUAUAUAAGAGUUUAUAUGGUUGCAUCAGAAAUGUUCAGUGUGAAUAGAAUGCUUCCGUGCACAAAUGUGUCAUACAACAAAAGUUUCAUUUGCGGCUUCAUGAUGUAAAAGCAGGUUGAAACAUUGCAGCAUUUACCUUGGCCACUUGUGAAAUAUAUUAGAUGCUUCUGACUUAUUUAAAGUGAUUUUAAUUCUAUUAUUUAGAAGAUUCAUUAAAUUUGUUUUUGUAGAUUUUUAUUUGUAGCACAAUCUGUGGACGCAAUCUUCCUUUCUCAUAAUACACCAGGGUAGCUGUUUGACAUGCUAUAAUGAGUGGUAAACCUUUAAACUUUAUAUAUUUUUUUAAUUUUUGUGGAUCCACAUGGUAAUAUGUAUGUACCUUUGUCAUAACUUUCAUUGAUUUCACAUAAUAGUAAUUAAGGUAGAAGUAAUGUGCAUUUAUUAUGAAAUGAGUUCUCAUGCUUUCACAUCUAACACACUUGACUUUAGAGUACAGACUGAAACCACUACCACCAUCAGAAAACACUAAAAACAGUGCCUUUUGAAGCAACUAUCCGUCUUUGCCAUGUGUACCAUUUAGUUGUAGUUGCUGCAGUUCUUUCUGCAGAUAACACUUUCUAAUAUGGAUGUUCUGGGUCUCCCUCCUGAUUUUUCCUUCCAAGGUGUUUUUUAUGAAGUAGUUGUAUCAAAUUAUGUGUCUAUUUAAUUUUGAUUUUCUCCUCUGUUUCAUAUUAAUGAAUGCCCUUAGCUCUUUAAUUUGUUCACUAGAUUUCCUUUUGGUUUAGGUUGUUUUUUAUGGCUCUCUUCCACAUUCGUAUUUCUGUUGCUUCUGAUUUUUCUUCCCUUGUUUCUACAGAGUCCACUCUUCAUAGUCAUAGCUUAACAGGCUCCAAAUAAAUGUUUUGAUGAAUUUCUUUCUUGUUUCUAUAUUAAGGUGGUUGUUUGUUAAUAAAUCACUCUUAUAUCUGAGUGCUUAUUUAGUCAUUAUAAUUCUUCUUCUUUUAAUAUCCAUUGUACUUCUGUUAUUAUCGGUAUUCUAGUUUCCAAGUAGCAAAAUUCUUUUACUCGCAUUAGCAUUUUAUUUUAGACUGGUUGGCAUUUAUUUUCAGUUUGUGGUUGUCAAAGGCAUCAGACAAAAUUUUUAAUAUAUAGUUCUCGUUCUCUUCAGAAUCUGCUAUCAACAACUUGAAUACAAUGUAUUUGUUUACCAUUAAUUUUGAUCCCAUUGGCACUGCCUUUCAUCACUUGUAUUGCAUUUUCUACAAAUAAUUAUAUAAGUAAGGAGAGAGAGGACUGCCUUGUCAGACCUCUUCUUAUCUUAGUCUCGUUCUUAGUGCCACUGAUGUCUAUUUCUGUGCUCUGGUUUUUGUGUAUAUUGAGACUCAAUCCUUUGCCUUUCCACUCCAUUCUGAUUUUAUUAACUGUUGAACCAAUUAGACAGUAAAACAAAAAUAAAUAACAGAUGGUUUAAGCUCAAGCUUUUAAAUGCAAGUUCCUUUUCUUCUGGCUUAGUUUAGAAAGUGGAAAAAAUGUUAAAGGCAUAGCAGUUUUUCUUUCAAACGGAAAAUCAAGACAAGUACAAGAGAAACAUUUCGUGCCGUGGGCCAAGAGAGAAAUGAAGAGAUGGUGGAAGAAAUAGUUUGUUUUAAUCUCCUUGUACUAAGUUUCCAAUGUGGGUAUGUCUUAAGUGGCUACCCAGCCCAUUAUUGCCUUGAAACAUACAGCCACAGGUAAUUAAUGACUUGUAGAGCUGUAUGCGGUACACUUUGUUAGGCUUGUAUAUUUGUUGCAUGGUUUGUCUGUGAUUGUGAAAUCAAAUUGCAAUAGGGACUGUUUAUUAACCUCACAGAUGUAAUCUUCUGCAAGUUCCUUUGAAGUUUGUGAAUUGACUUUAGUCAGUUUCAAGAACAUUUAAGUUUUAGUUUCUAACAUACCAGUAUGCUUCUAUAAGGUCUUGAAGUGGAGCACAGUCUGCCAUAAAGGAAUUGGUGAGAAACUUGGUGUCAUUCAUACACUGUAAAUAUCCCAUUCAUUUCAGCAGAUUUAUCGAACCCUGUGACACAAAUAUAAAUGGGAUUUCUUAUUGUUCGUCUAAAUGUGAACAAAAAUCAUCCAUUAUUAUCAAGGUAACUGUGGCCAGGCAUGAGGAACUUUUGAUCAACAAUUUCAGUAGGUAUAUGAACAAAAUAUAGAGCCCAAAUCAGACAGUUAAUUGCUUUGCAGUUAUUUGACUUCUGCUUUGCCCACAACUAUCACUGUAGGUAAAAGAUGUUUAAUUUCAGAUGGUAACGAUUUUACAUAUUUCAGUAGGCAUGAACCAAUUUCUGAAGAGCCAUGUGAGGCAAUAUUUUCAUAUCACAUAUACGUGCUACAGUCAUGUACUCCAAAAUUGUCUCUUGUAGUAAAUAAAAUUGCUUGAUAGCAUUGAAGUUGGCAAUUUUUUUUCAUUUUUUUUAAGUUUUCAAGUAAUUACAUGUGCUGAGUCUUCUUUCAUAUUCUGUACACCUCCUUUCUUUUAAAGCUCUUGCAUGAUCAAGUCUUCUUAGAUGGAGCUCUUUCUGUAGCAAUAGACUGUUUCUUUUAAUGCUUUGAUUAAAUUUUUAAUCUGUUACAAUUAUGGGCAGGUUCACUUUUUAGGCUAUAAAAUGAUAUAUUAAAUUCUGAAUUGAACAGUUUACAAUAAAUGCAGGCCUUCACAGACAAAAGAUUUUUUUUCUUCACACUUUUCAGUAUAAGGCUCAUACAUUUUCGAGACAAAUAAUUCCAGUGACACGUAUUUCCUAUGAGCAUUAUGUUUAUGAGAAUAAUGUCUUGUGUAAUUAGGAAAGCUUUUUAUGUGGUUUCUUUUGGUUCCAAGGCACUCUUCUGCAAAUUUAUUUCCUGGAGCAUGUUUACUACAUUCAUCAACAGGAACAGGCCUUCCACACUUGAUUUGCUUAGCACAGCUGUGGUAAUGGGUAAACUGACAAUUACUUAUAGUUAGUGUCUUAAGAAAGAACUCCUUACACACUCACUUAUGAUCCAGGUUAAACACAGUACUUUGUAGUUUUGACUUAUUACAAUUUAAUCUCGGGUGUCUUUGUUUGGUAGAUGAAACAAAUUUUACUAUAAGGGAUGUUUGUUGUUGCCAAGAAACAGUUUUCCAUACUUUUCAUGGAUAAUUAUUAGUCUCUUAUGUCAAUGUCUUGCAGAUAUUUUGAAAUGGUUGGAUGACUCUUGCAAUUGUUACUGGUGUAGAUGUUUACUCUUGUCACAGAUUUCUUAGCAUAGUUUCUUUUAUUCACUUCAUAACUCCAAAUUUCUGUUUUCUUGAGUUGCUAAAGGACAUGGUUUUACGCAAAAAUUUUCAGCAGUGGUUUGGAUUUUGUCAUUAACUUUUGUUUCUAGCUUGCUUUGAUCUUCAAUUUCACCUAAAGAUGAUGCACCUGGCUGGAAGUGAAACCACAGCACUAAAGGAUAUGUAAAGCUAAAACCAAUAUAAAAAUCAGCUUUAUACAUAAAACACACUUCAUAAUCAUUUUGGUGAUGUAAUAGGUUCAAUGUGAGUGUACCUUAAAGCAUUUCAAUGAUGUCAAAGGUAUCAGACAAAAUUUUUGAUAUAUAGUUCUCGUCCUUUUCAGAAUAUACUAAAACUACUGUAACAUCAACAAAUCAAAUAAAUGUAUUUGUUUAUCCUUACUUAUGAUCAUAUUGGUACUGCCUUUCAUCACUUGUAUUGCAUUUUCUGUAAAUAAAUUACAUAAAUAAGGAGAGAGAGGACUGCCUUGUCGGACACCUCUUUUUAUCUUCGUCUCGUUCUUAGUGCAUUGACAUCUAUUUCUGUGCUCUGGUUUUUGUUUAAACUGAGACUUUUGUCUUUCCACUCUGUUUGAUUUUGUUAACUCUGACCCCUGUUAGACAGUUCCUUAAAAAACAGCUCAGAAUCCGCAAGAAAAGGUGUGUGAACAUGUGGCCAUGGUAGCUUCAUUUACUGGUCUACAUCCACUUACAACUUGCUAACAAGUUCACUGGAUCAGUUUGUUUGCUCUCGGAUCUUUAGUCACACUGUAUGCAUCUAUUUUCAUGAAUAGCUGUUAGUCAGUUCCACAGAGCUCAUACUCCACCAUAACAUUUGAGUUGUUCUAUUCUCCUGAUGAUUGUUAUUUUGCCUGGCCUUCUGGCCUCUAUUCCACUUUCUCUCUGUCACCAUAAGAUCACCCAGACUUUUUUAACCCUUCUUUUCCCUCUUGCACUUGUACCAAAAGUCUGUAUGUCAUUACAGUUGUCAUAGUUCCAUUUGUUAAGCAUGCGGAGGGCCUUUGCUACCUUGUUUUCAUUUUACCUUAGUUUUUAUUGUGGAGUAUUAGCAAAGUACUCUGAAGAUGUGUGUAAAAGAAAUGACUGUUUUAGUUUUGAAGAGACUCGAAAGAAAUAUGUAGCAUUUGCUUUUGUGUAAGCAAAUAGUGUUAAUGUGCACAAAUUUUUCUAGGAAGAGUGUACUGUAGUUUUUAUUUAAUCAUUAUGUCAGAGUACCUGGAAUCACGAUUUUUGUAACUUUUCAUAGGCUAUAAUAAGUCAGCCAUAACAUGCACUUUGUCAUUAUAUUCUUUUAUUCUAGAAAAUUCGAAUUUUGCUUUUGUAACAUAACAUGUACAUAAGCUGUUUCUAGUCAUGUAUUUCAAUUCUGUAAUGUAAAAUCUUUAACCUAAUAGUAAAAUCCUGAAAAUCAAAUUAUUUCUGUACACAUAUAUCCAUUAAAAAAAAAACACUACACAAACAUUAAGAAAAUUGUUCAUAUGUAAUACUUAUGAAAUUUAACAAAAAUUCUGUGAAAAUAAACUGUAAGCAAUACACAACAUUGGGAAACAUGUUAACACAAGUGGUUUAAAAAAGAUAUGUUUCAAAGGUAACAGUGAUUUAUUUCAACAGAUGAAAGUUGCAUAUACAAAAUGUUUUCUAUACAUGAAUUAUCACAUUAAAAAAAUGGAAGUGAAUUUCACAGUCAAUAAAAAUGGUACUCUUUUGCAUGUAAAGGCAUUACAAGUAUUGAAAUAGUUAACAUAUCCAUAUACAGAUCAACAAAAAGACUAUGAGUAACAAACAUCAGACAAAGUAAACAUGCAACAAAAACAUUUAUAUUUUCUACCAAUAUAAUAGUGGGCUCCUCAGUACAUACGCACAUAAGAUAAUUUCAAAGAGGUUAUUAUAUGAGAAUGGCACAAUAAUCUGAUGGAUCUUUAAUUUAAAAAUGUGACUGCACUCUACACAAAAUAUAUUUUCUUUUUUUUCCCUUUAGGACAAAGUAAGAAAGGGAUAAUGUUGGCUUCACUGAAAUUCCAUUUGCUAUACUAAAUAUUUGCAUGUAGGGAAAAGAAUUCAGUUUACACUUUUGAAUAAAAGGUGGACCAGGAUAUGAAAACUCUUAUUUCACUGAACAAUGACAGCAAAAAAAAUAGAAGCACUAAACUAGAGUGAACAUUCUUUUUUAUAUUCCAAAAGCACAGCCAUACACAUAUUUGUUUAACAUAAUUUUCAGGGCCCUGUUACAAAGUCCUGAUUUUAUAACACUUUUCAUGUGAUACCACUGCUAACUGGGCAGGUCAUAAAUGAAUUAUACAUAGAACACACAUACACAUGAUAAUGCACAGUGAAGAAAUGAAGACACUAUGACAACGUGUUGCAAAAGAACGUUAUGUAUGUGUAAAUGGGGUUCAGAAAACUUUUCCAUUGUACAAGGCAGACAGAAACACAAUUAAUGGAUAAAAAAAAAAAAAAAAACAGGCAGAGAAAUAAAUA